AAAUCUAAAUUAAUCUAGAAAACAAAAUAAAAUAAGCUAACAGGUUUUUUCAUUCACGAAAUCAAUCACUUUGCAUUAUGAGGAAUUGAGAUUUCUCCAUCAAAUCCAAUUCAAGGGUUUCUAUCUUCUCCUUCAAUCUCAAUGUCGUUCAAUUCGCACAGAGGACCCUCUUCCUACGGCGACGCUGCCCCUUUCCGAUCAAGAGAAGGGCUUAGCACGAGAGCAGGUGCUGCCUCCGAUGAAAUUCAAUUGCGUAUUGAUCCCGUCGGGGACAUGGACGAUGAAAUCACCGGUCUUCGUGGCCAAGUUCGAAAAUUGAGAAAUGUUGCCGAGGAGAUAGGUACAGAAGUGAAGUCUCACAGAGAUUUUCUGGAAGUGAUGCAAAUGACAAUGAUAAAGGCUCAAGCUGGGGUGAAGAAUAACUUAAGAAGAUUGAACAAGAGCAUCGUCCAAAAUGGUUCAAACCAUAUUGUUCAUGUGGUUGUUUUUGCACUAAUCUGUUUCUCCAUAGUGUACUUUUGGUCAAAGAUUUCCAGAAAAUGAGGAUCCGUAGGGGCUUACUUCUCCAGCCUCAUAGUUGAAAGACUUGAGUCCAUCGAAAGCCUCAUUUUGUUGCAUAGAAAAGCUUUGUAGUUUAAUUUGGAGUUUUGUUUCCUGGUUGAAGCAAGGUGUGAAAAAAAGGAUAAUUUCUUGUGUAAUAGUAGAAGUUUGCAAAAUCGUAUGACUCUUUAAAAUAUCUGAGAAAUGUAGUAGCAAGUGGCAUCCUUGAACUUUUUCACUCAAUGGCAUUGUACUAUUUUUAA